CGUCCCAGAGGGCUGCAGCCAGACUGCCACUUCUCCUGGCUCUGCGUCCUCCUGCUCGCCAGUCUGCUGCUCCUGCUACUUGGGCUGCUCGUGGCCAUCAUCCUGUCCCGUGAGUACCUGGACUGACUCUGUGGGUCUCUACCCACCUCCUAUGGAUCCAGCACCUCUGAAUGCCGCCUCUUCAUCUUCCUCCUCUAGAGUUGACGGUUGCACCCCCACCUGGGGCCACCAAGAGCCCACUGCCUGCCCAAGGCCUCACCACUACUACUACCCCAACCACCAGCACCACCUCCCCAGCUACCACAGGGCAGCAGGGGGCAGACACGAGCCCCACACACCAGGCCACCUGUGGGGGCCUCCUUCCUGGUCCAAGGGGCUUCUUCAGCAGCCCCAACUACCCAGAUCCUUACCCACCCAAUGCCCACUGCGUGUGGCACAUCCAGGUGGCCACUGACCAUACGAUACAGCUCAAGAUUGAAACCCUCAGCGUGGAGGGCGUGGCCGCCUGUCUUUUCGAUCGCUUGGAAAUCUCUCCUGAGCCUGAAGGGCCCCUCCUCAGGGUGUGUGGGAAGGUGCCUCCCCCGACACUGAACACCAACGCCAGCCGCCUCCAGGUGGCCUUCGUUUCUGACAGCAGUGUGGAAGGAUCUGGUUUCCAGGCCUGGUACCAAGCUGUGGCCCCUGGGCACGGGAGCUGUGCCCACGAAGAGUUCCACUGUGACCAGCUCGUCUGCCUGCUGCCUGACUCAGUAUGUGACGGUUUUGCCAACUGUGCCGAUGGCAGUGACGAGACUAACUGUAGUGCCAAGCUCUUGGGGUGUGGGGGGAAUCUGACCGGGCUGCAGGGCACCUUCUCCACGCCCAGUGACCUACAGCAGCACCCUCACCAACAGCUUUGCACCUGGCAUAUCUCCGUGCCUGUUGGACAUGGCAUAGAACUCCAAUUCUGGAACUUCAGCCUGGAAGCACAGGACGAGUGCAAGUUUGACUACGUGGAGGUGUAUGAGACCAGCAGCUCAGGAGCCCUCAGCCUCCUGGGCAGGUACAGGAGCCAGGGUAGCUGAGCGGCUAACCCAUCCUCCACUGCUGACACACCAGGCUUCCUACACAUGGGCCCAACUUACUCCCCAACCUUGUUUUCUUCUGCCACUCCAGGCCACGGGUCUCCACCUUCACCCUAAAAGGCUUGUGCAUGCUUAUCUCAAAGCCCUCAUGCCUGCAACUGCC